GGCGGUAGUGGGGGGUCCCACGGCCGAGCAGUUUGCCAAGACCAUGGCUGGAGGCAAAGCCGGGAAGGACAGUGGGAAGGCCAAGGCUAAAGCGCAUCUCGCUCACAAAGAGCUGGACUACAGGUUCCUGGAACUGGCAGGAAAUGCUUCCAAGGAUCUCAAAGUAAAGUGUAUCACUCCCCGUCACUUACAGCUUGCAAUCCGUGAUGACCAAGAGCUGGAGUCUCUCAUCAAGGCUACCAUAGCUGGGGGUGGUGUGAUCCCUCACAUCCACAAGUGUCUAAUUGGAAAGAAGGGACAGCAGCAAGCUGCUUAG